AUGGCUUCAGCAAACCCUUCCUCCUAUGCAAAAGUCACCAUCAGCACUAGCGGGCCUCCUGCUAGCAAUCCACCUACCGAGGCUGACUCUGAGCUCGAUGAGUUCUUUGCUGCAAAUCCUGGGAGGCUGUAUGGUGCAUACGUCACAUACCCGAGCUCUUUCAGCAAGCUCCAGGACAACAUCAUCGUAGGCAUCAGAGACACCAUUACCAAGCAUAAGAGCAAGUUCAGUGAUGAGGGGUCAUACUCUGCUGAAUUCAAGGGAGGGACUGCCUCUAGACGUGAUCUUCACAGGAUCCUCGUUGCCUUCACUGAGGAAGCAGAUCAGCAGGCCUUCAAGGACAUUCGGCAUGUGGUUUUCGAGGAUGACAAGGGGGGCCUGUUGCAUGCCCAAAUCGGGCAGGACAGGAUCUCGUAUGAGGAGAUUUUGGGGAACAAGGGGGCAAAGGGUGCCGAGAAGGUGUUCAUAGUGCUGAAGAAGAUGCCAGACAGCUGGACUCAGAAUCAGAUUGUAGCAGCCUUCACCACCUUCACUUGGAAGGCUAGAGGGUUCACACACCCCUUUGUCUCCCAGUUCAGCAAGAUUACAUGGUUCUGGCACAAGAGUGGUGUCCAGAGGAGGAUGUUGAUUGCAGAGGUGAUCCCCCAUGAGGAAGACCCUAACUGUGAGAAGGUGCCGUCCGUCCACAACCCCAAGCCUGGGAAGACGGCCCGUUCAUCAUUGGGUGCAGUCUUCACGAGUGCGAGCUGUGUGGUCAGAAAGGCCAUCGGGCAGAAGUGCAUGACAGUUUCAAGGGCAGACCUGCACUCAAGAGGAAGAGCAAAGACCGAGCUCAUGGACGAGAUCGAGAAGGACAAGUACGUCAAGUAUGUGGCAUCGGACGUCUCCCGCGAGGCGUGGAAGUGUACUCUCUGCAAGAAGGCGGGCAACGGGUUCUAUCGGUGCUACCGUCAUGUCAAGGGCUCGGAUCACAUGGACGCGCUGGCGGAUCUGGUUGCUGAAAAGACGGAGACGGACGAACCUGUCGAGAAAGAAGAUGCGGCUGGGGAUGCUGCAUGA